CAUAACCACUGUUUAUUGCACACCGUAACUUGAGCAUCAAAUUUCUAUGAAAACAAGUGCUAGGCAUAAACCUGUCUGCAGUGUGUUAAUUCAUCGGAAAUAGGACAGCUUCAGGCUCAGACCAGUUGUUACCACACCUCAUGUCUACCAGUACACAAGUCAGCCAAAAGGUAAAGCUCUGGUGAACAGAGUAAAAGUCUACCCAAAACAGAAUUGGACACAGUGCUUCAUGCCAACGAUGUUUUUAGGUCUAGUCCACGCCACCCUGGCAGCCAUGAUAGCAUCAGUUUCUCAAGGAGACAUUCAGCAGAGGACAGGUCACUAUUUGCUGGAAAACCCAUCUCCACUACCAUGGAUUUGUCAGAGCCUUUGUUCAUGUGCGCUGGAUGGCCACUCAAAAUUAUACCAUGGCAACUGUUCAUAUCGGCAACUGGACAGGCUGCCAAACAAUUUAUCAUCCAGCUUUGUAAAUCUGAACUUCAGCCAUAACUUCAUCGAGAAUGUCCGUGGGCUGGCGUUUCAUCAACUCGCAUCUCUGCAGACACUAGACCUUUCCUACAAUCGACUCACCAGCCUGGAUGAGAUGGCCUUCACAGGCUUGCACAGUCUUGUACAACUCAAACUAGAUACCAACAGGCUGACUUUCUUACAGGACAAACCAGCAUUUAAGCCUGGUGUGUUUGUAGACUUACAACAUCUACGUAUUCUGAACAUUAAAAACAAUAGCAUGAGCUGUGCAGAGUCAUGUGACUAUCCUGACACAGCCUUUGCUCACCUUAAAAAUUUGAGGGAGCUGUUUCUAGAUGGCCUGCCAAACAAGACCUUUGGGCCUGGAUUCCGUAACCUAUCACUCUUGCACACUCUGGAUAUAGGCACUCAACACGGUGGCUGUUCAAUGCCGUUUCUGGAGAAGAACACAUUUACAAACUUUGAGCCAACAAACCUAACAAAUCUUACUCUGCAGCACUGUAACAUUAAAGACAUACACCCAGAUUCUUUUCUGCCUCUUAAAGUAAUUCACACAAUUAACUUUGAAUGGAAUCGCUUGACCUUCCAGAAGUUAAAAAUUGGCUUAACAGGACUUUCAACUUCCCCUAUUAAAACACUCAGACUGGUUCACAUUGAAUAUUUUGGGUUAGACUUUCGCCUACCUAGCACAACAUUUGAACCUAUAAAAAACACGAACUUGACCAGCCUUGUUUUCCAAGACAGUGGGAUUUCAAAAAUUUGUGACGACUUCAUUAAGUACCUUCCAUCAUCCUUAGAAAAUUUGGAUUUGUCAGAAAACAACAUUGUAAAAGGCAAACAAACCUGGGCUAAAUAUGCUCCUUUUUUGCUAAAACAUUUAGUGAGUUUUAAUGGCUGCUGCCAGGAACCUGGCGAACAAUUUCACCAGAACACAUCUGGUCUCAAAGAAGCAACAGACUUUCAGACUUUUCACUUCUCAUCACAGACUACAGCUUACAUGGACCUCACACAAAAUCUUUGUCCUUCAUCUAACAGACUUACUAUUCCCCUUCCAUCAAAGCUCAGAUACUUUUAUUUACAAAAUAACAAUCUGCAGUUCGGCUGUAUUCCACCUAUCAUUUUCCUUCAGCCAAACAGUAUUUCGCACAUUGAUAUUUCAAACAAUAAAAUGGAACUUCAAGGUCCCUUACUUGGACUCCACAAACUAAGAAUUAUUAACUUGUCAAAUGGUCAGAGUAGCAUUCUAGGACAAAGCUUUUUUCAGGAUAUGCCAAGUCUUGAACAAAUAAUUCUAGCGAAUAACAAUCUGAACUGUCUUGCCAAUGACACUGAAGGCCACACGUUUUCAAUUCCAGGCAAACUUAAACACCUAGAUUUAAGCAAUUGCAACAUAGAGACUUUACAUGAAUCUAUAUUAAAGGGUCAGCAUCAGCUUCAGACAUUAGUGUUGCGCAGCAACAGUUUAAAACAUUGGCAGGUCAAAGUAGGUCACAUGACCAACCUGCAAAAUUUGGACUUAAGCCAUAAUCAACUGACCACUAUUGAAUCAUCAGCACGCGGCGAUCUAGAGGUUGCAAUGAGAAAUUCAGCAUUAAGGAUUUCGUUCUUAGGAAACCAGAUUCAGUGCUCAUGUGAAAACCUAGAAUUUCUAAGAUGGCUGGACCAACACCAAAAAUUUUUCAUUCUCCUUUCCUCAUACACAUGCACACUACUUGGGAAAAAAAAUGAACGACUUGCCAAUUUACCACAUUUGAUAAAAAAGCUAGAACUUCAUUGCCUGCAAGAUAAUAUAAUAAUAGCAUCUUCUGUGUCUUUCGCUGCUCUCAUCCUCAUCAUCACACUUACAGCAUUACUCUAUCGUCAUCGCUGGAAGGUGAGAUUCUUGAAGAAUCAACUGGCUUUAAGACUAAGGCUUUACCAACCACUAACUGAUGAAGAGGACAAUGAUGUUGUUUCCUACGAUGCAUUUUUAUCAUAUGAAGACAGUUUACAUCGUUUCAUUGUGAAUACCAUAUAUCCAAAUCUGGAGCAACAGCGUGGACUUCAGCUCUGCAUACAUACACGAGAUUUUAUGCCCGGCACGGCAAUAGCAAUAAACAUUUACCGUGCAGUUCACUACAGCAAGAAAACUAUCACCUUCAUCACAGAGGCAUACUUCAGGAGUGAGUGGUGUAUGUAUGAGUUAGAGAUGGCCUAUCUGGAGAGUGUUCACACGGGCAGGCAGAAACUCUUACCUGUACUCAUGGAACAGAUUGACUUCACCACACUUCCGAGAGAUAUACAAAAGAUAUUUCAGUCUCUCACCUACCUAGAUUACACUAACAUGGAUGAGGAACAGUUUUUGCAAAGAACAGCAGAAUCAUUACAGUCAGACUGUGAUCACCAGAUGUAAGCAUGCAACCAAUGCUGGGUUGAGGUUCUGGAUGCUCUUAGGAUAAAAACAAUCAUCUGACAUAUUCAUUAAUUGCACCACAAUAAUUUCACAGUAGAGCUUAAAAGCUGAUAUACUUUACACUGUGUGUUUAUUCAGGUAUCCCGUCAUUCUGCACAAACAUACCUUCUUAAUAAAUGCAACACCUUACACUGUACUUACCAGUAUCACAACUUCAAUUGCAAUAUAGGUUUCUAUAGACUGUAGUUACUGUGCUGCAUUGUUUAUAUAUUUGAUUGUUGUUUAAUGCCACACAAGAAUUUUUCAUUUAU